CCCCUCCAUUUCCCUCCCUCCCUCUCUCUCUCUCUCUCUCUCUCCCCCUCCUCCUUCUCUCUCAUCAAUCCCCCGCCCCAAAAAAAAAAGAGAGUAAAAAAUGAGAGAAAUCCUCCACAUCCAAGGCGGCCAAUGCGGCAACCAGAUCGGCGCCAAGUUCUGGGAGGUGAUCUGCGACGAGCACGGCAUCGACCACACCGGAAAGUACGCCGGCGACGCCGACCUCCAGCUCGAGCGCAUCAACGUCUACUACAACGAGGCCAGCGGCGGCCGCUACGUCCCGCGCGCCGUCCUCAUGGACCUUGAGCCCGGGACCAUGGACUCCGUCCGAUCCGGCCCGUUCGGCCAGAUCUUCCGGCCGGAUAAUUUCGUGUUCGGCCAGUCCGGGGCGGGGAACAACUGGGCCAAGGGGCAUUACACGGAGGGCGCCGAGCUGAUCGAUUCGGUUCUUGAUGUCGUGAGGAAGGAGGCUGAGAAUUGUGACUGCUUGCAGGGAUUUCAAGUUUGUCAUUCAUUGGGUGGAGGCACAGGAUCUGGUAUGGGCACCCUUCUCAUUUCCAAGAUCAGGGAGGAGUAUCCGGAUAGAAUGAUGUUGACAUUUUCAGUCUUUCCUUCUCCUAAAGUAUCUGACACUGUUGUUGAGCCAUACAAUGCCACCCUUUCUGUUCAUCAACUUGUUGAGAAUGCCGAUGAAUGUAUGGUUUUGGACAAUGAAGCUCUCUAUGACAUCUGCUUCCGUACUUUGAAGCUUGCAACACCCACUUUUGGUGAUCUCAACCACUUAAUCUCUGCCACGAUGAGUGGUGUCACAUGCUGUCUUCGUUUCCCCGGGCAACUAAACUCUGACCUUCGGAAACUGGCGGUUAACCUAAUCCCAUUCCCUCGUCUCCACUUCUUCAUGGUCGGAUUCGCACCGUUAACCUCAAGAGGGUCCCAGCAGUACCGGGCCCUCACGGUCCCUGAGCUGACUCAGCAGAUGUGGGAUGCCAAGAACAUGAUGUGCGCGGCUGACCCUCGCCAUGGACGGUACUUAACUGCCUCCGCCAUGUUCCGCGGCAAAAUGAGCACCAAAGAAGUUGAUGAGCAGAUGAUAAAUGUCCAAAACAAGAACUCUUCCUACUUUGUGGAGUGGAUUCCUAAUAAUGUGAAGUCAAGCGUUUGCGAUAUUCCCCCAAAGGGUCUAAAAAUGGCGUCCACCUUUAUUGGAAACUCAACGUCAAUUCAGGAGAUGUUCCGGCGGGUGAGCGAGCAGUUUACGGCGAUGUUCAGGCGGAAGGCUUUCUUGCAUUGGUACACGGGGGAGGGAAUGGAUGAGAUGGAGUUUACUGAGGCUGAGAGCAAUAUGAACGAUCUCGUGGCCGAGUACCAGCAAUAUCAGGAUGCGACUGCUGAUGAGGAAGAGUACGAGGAGGAAGAAGAAGAGGAGGAGGCAGCCGCCGCUUGAGGUAUUAUUAGUAUCUGUAAUUUCUCUUUAAGUUUGUUUUGAAGCUUGAAUUCGGUUGUCUUGCUUUGGGGGGUGUGAUUUGUGUGGAUGCCAUGUGAAGGAGGUGUUACAUAGGGAUUGAGAAUAGUUGGUGGUAUGGGUGUGUAUAUUCAUGGUCUUUUGUUUCUGAGAUGGGUUUGUAAUUGUGCUUUAUCAUUUGAACUUGAACCAUAAAUGAUUGGAAUGAAUUAGAUGUGUGAUGAUGGGUGGCUUUUGUGCUGUA